ACGUACUUCCUGUAGCAGGCGACAAGCUCAUGGCUUUCCUCCUUCGAGCUGUGCCAAGGUUGCAGGGACCCACUGCAUGGAGGAGACUUCUACAGCCACUGUGGUGCUGCGCUGGGCAGGGGGAUUCCAAAAGGUGGGUGGGGGGGAGAUCUCCCCCCUCACAGGAGAAGCCACCAGGCACCGAGACAGAACAGUUCCACACAAUCUACCGAUUCAAUGCCAUCAGAGCACUUGGGUUCCUGUCUCGGCUGAAGCUGGCACAGACAGCUGUGACUGUGGUGGCCCUGCCCCCGGGCUUCUACUGCUACUCACAGGGCCUCAUGACCCUCAAUUCUGUGUGCCUUAUGAGUGGAAUCGCCAGCUUCGCCCUGGUCAUGUUGUGUUGGAUGAGCCACUUCUUCCGGAGACUGGUGGGCAUACUGUAUGUGAAUGAGUCAGGCACCCUGCUUCGAGUGGCCCACCUGACCUUCUGGGGCUGGCGACAGGACACAUACUGUGCUGUGUCAGACAUGAUACCCCUGUCAGAAUCUGAGGAACGAGUCCAGGAUGUGUUCGUGCGCAUCCAGCAGUACAGCGGCAAGCAGACCUUCUACCUCACCUUACGCUAUGGCCGAAUCCUGGACAAGGAACGUUUCUCACAAGUGUUCGGAACCUUGGCCACACUCAAGAACAGCAACUAGGCCUCUCCUAGCCCUGGUUACACUUGGAUUUUAGACAGAAGGCCAAGGACAUGGAAGAGACAAAAACUAAUACCUGGGACUAGGCUGAUGCUCACUUUGUAAACUGCUUGUCUAGCAUGCAGGACGUGAAGCCCUGGGUUCAGUCCCUAGCACUGCAUAGGACCAGGCACGGUUGUGCCUGCCUGUACUCAGGGCUGGUGACACAGGCACAGGAGAAGAAGUUCAAGGCUGUCUUGGGCCAAAAAGGAAGGUCUUAACCAGCUUUAGGGAAAAGCCCUUAGUGGAACAUUAUACUGUAUAGGACAUCCCAUCCCAUAGUGGCCAGAAGUUUCUAUGAAGAGGCAGUUCCUGGAGGAGUGCUAUGCCAAGAUCACCGUAGCAGCCUGCUGCUGUGAAGCUGGAAGGCAGAAAGAUUGGCAGAGGAGCACAGGAUGUGGAGCCUGGGGACUUGGGUUCUGCCGAGCUUUAGUUCCUUGACCUGGGGCAAGGGUAUUAAGGUUCUGAACCUUGAACUGCAGUCUGAGGUGGAAGACCCUUCUUAUCAUGGGGACGGAUAUGAAAAUAACAACGACUGGGGCUGGGGCUUUGUGGCAGAGCUCUUGCCUAGUAUGUCCUAAGGUCCUGAGUUCCAUCCCCAGCACCACAGAACAGGCAAAACUGGUGAACACUUGAGUACUGUGUAAGAUAAGCAGGCCAGAACUUACAACAUAGAGCAAGGCUUCUGGGCUGCCACUGGGGCCCCAGCACCGUUCCUCAUGCUCAUCAGCUGUAUUGCCACGGUGAAAGCCCAGAGUGGACUUGUUUCUCCCAUCAGGAAGUCACUGUACACCAACUGAGGUAGGAACCAUACCCCCUGAGACGAAGUCAAUCACCAAGAGGUCCAGGGUGCUUACAUUUGGGAGCUUUGCAGUGUCAUUGGGGCAGAGGGACUCUGUCCAAGCAAAACGUCAUCAUCUGAAGGACAGUGCAAAUGCUGCUUUUCAUAAUGAAUAGCAAACAUGCUUAUUAGGUGAUUGUACCUGCAUUAAAAGGAAAGCAGCCAUGAUCUUUGUAAUUUGUCCACCAAAUGCUUUGUUUUGUAGCUUUUUAGUAGUUUCCUUCCUUUAAGAACUUUUUUUUUUUUAAUUAUUUGUGUGUGUGCCACUGUGCAUAUAGGGAGAUUGGAGAACAACUUUUCCAAGUUGCUUUCCUUUUACCAUUUGGGUCUUGGGAGUUAAAUUCAGGUUGUCAGGCUUGACAGCAAGCACCUUCACCCACAGAGCCAUCUUGUUGGUCCUCUAUAAAAUAAGCAAGAGCAUGAACACAGAUAACAAUGGACAUGCCAAAGUGUGUGUGUUGGGGGGUCCACCACAGGCCUCAACCAUACACAAAGAACUAUAGGCAACAUGGGAAAUCUGAGAUCAGGAGAAGUAGUCUUCCUCAGGGAAGGGCACACCACCUAGAAGGGCACAUCCAAUAUGAAAUGGGUGGCCAUGAAAAUAUGCACAUACAAGUACAGAGUGAGCAGGUUAUAUUUAGAAGCAUAUGCACAUAUACACAACAAUAUUUAAGGAAAAAAAGAGGCAAUGAAUUUGAAAGGGCACCAGAGGAUGUAUGAAGGUUUGCAGGGAGUAAAGGGAAGGGGAAAUAUAUGUAAUUAUAUUGUAAACUCAAAAUUAAAAACCUUAAAAAUG